AUGCCUGAAAAAUUGUUCAUUUCAAAGAAAGGUGAAUUCUGUGAUAAAGAUGGUAAUGUUGUUGUUCUGAGAGGUGUGAAUUUAGACCCUAAUGCGAAAUUACCUGCUAAACCUGACCUAACUUCACAUGUAUCACUAAAGAAUGAUAAUUUUUGGGAUUUAGCAGAUGAUGUUAGCUUCGUCAACCAUCCUUUUCCUCUGGACCAAGUGGAAUCACAUAUCAAUAGGUUGAAAUCCUUAGGUUUUAACCAUAUCAGAUUCCCGUUUACUUGGGAAUCAAUUGAACAUAAAGGUCCCGAAAUAUACGAUUAUGAAUUUAUGGAUUACAUUAUAGAAGUAUUGAAAAUUAUUGAUCAUGUUGGUGGAGUUUAUGUUUAUCUUGAUCCACAUCAGGAUGUAUGGUCUAGAUUUACAGGUGGGUCUGGUGCACCAUAUUGGACUUUAUUAUGUGCCGGUUUUCAACCGAAAAGAUUUAGAAGGAAUGAAGCAGCUAUUGUUCAUAACACUUUAAUAAAUACAAAGACAGGUAAGGAUAACAUCAAUGAUUUCCCGAAGAUGGUAUGGGCUACCAAUUAUUACAAGCUGGCUUGUCAAACUAUGUUUACGUUAUUCUUUGGUGGGAAACAUUUUGCUCCUAAAUGUAUGAUUAACGGUAUGAAUAUUCAAGAUUAUUUACAAGAGACGUUCUUGAAGGCGAUAUUGGAGUUUUAUAAAAGAAUCCAAGAACGAGCACCGGAGUUGUUUGAAUCCAAUUGUAUUAUUGGGUUAGAAAGUAUGAAUGAACCAAGUCAUGGUUAUAUAGGUACCACCAAUUUGAAUGAGAUUGAAAAGGAGAGAAACUUAAGACUUGGGUCUACCCCAACAGGGUUUCAGUCUUUCAUGUUAGGGGAAGGUAUUAAUACAACGAUCGAUAGAUAUGAAAUUACCGUGUUUGGACCUUCGAAAUCUGGAACGAAAAAUGUCCUUUGUGAAGGUGAAAGCGCAUGGUUGACAAAGGAUGAAAGAGAUGCGGCUGAUUCCAAAUAUGGUUGGUCUAGGAAUGAAGAAUGGACACCUGGGAUCUGUAUAUGGAGACUCCAUAAAGUAUGGAAGAUUGACCAAUCUGGACCAAAAUUGUUACAGCCUGAUUAUUUUUCUAAACUACAUAACCCAGGCACUAUUGCUCCAGAUUUAGUUGUCAACGAACGAUAUUUCAUGAAUAAUCUUUUUACCCAUUAUUUUAACAAUUUCCAUCGUGCAUUUAGACAUAUAGAUAAAGAAUCAUUUGUAUUGAUUCAACCACCAGUAUUUAGAUCGCCUCCUCACUUGAGACAUCUCGAUAUUAUCAUUGGGAAGACAAUAUGUGCUUGCCAUUUUUAUGAUGGACUAUCUCUUAUGUAUAAGACCUGGAGUCGGUUUUUUAAUGUGGACACAUUUGGGAUCGUUCGUGGUAAUUAUUCAAAUCCAAUGUUUAGUAUAGUGUUAGGAGAAUCUAGAAUUCGUGAUUCAUUCCAAUCACAAUUAAAAUUAAUGAAACAAGAAGUACAUGAAAUCCUAGGGAAGGAUGUACCAACGUUUUUUACCGAAAUAGGGAUGCCAUAUGAUAUGGAUAAUAAAAAAGCAUACUUGUCAGGUGACUAUACAUCUCAAACAAAAGCCAUGAAUGCCAUUGCACAUGCAUUAGAAGGGAAUAAUCUUUCAUUUAGUCUUUGGUGCUAUUCUUCGGGAAAUAGCCAUCGUUGGGGGGAUAAUUGGAAUAAUGAAGAUUUCUCCAUAUAUUCAAAUGAUGAUCGCAAAGAUAUAUCACAUGAAACUACAUCGCGAUCGGGAACCCCUUCAUUAAGUGUGAAAUCCCUAAUUAGUAGCAGUAGUGGUAAUACUAAUGGAUCAAAAUUUAUCACCAAGACAACUGCAUUUGAUGAUAUCAAAUGGCCACCUACUCCUCCCCUGAAUGACCUUGAUUUUAAUGGAUUCCGUGGGACAGAUGCAUUGGUAAGACCAUUCCCAUUAAAAAUACAUGGACGAUUUAUUUUUGCAAAGUUUGAUCUUGAGAUGAAAAGUUAUGCAUUAAAGAUACACGCUAAAGCAAGUUCCAAUGCUUCUAACACAACUAAGAACGCAACGUACAUAUUUCUACCGAAAUAUCAUUUUGAUAUAGAUCGUGUAGAUAUUGGGACAUCAUCUGGGACGUUUCUAUAUAAUGAAGAAUAUCAACUCUUAAAAUGGCAUCAUGAUGCAGGUCACCAAUCAAUUGCAAUCACUUCCAAAAAUAAAUUUAAUAAAGACGAUGGCUGUAUAAUUAUAUAA